AUGUAUGUAGUUUCGGAGGGGAACAGCGGGAAGACCCCAAUCAGAGAGAUCAAGGAGAAGCACGAGAGAACGCACACCGGAAGGCAGGUCAUGUAUGGUAGAGAAGCAGUGCAGCGUCAAAGUGAAGCAGAUGUUGAAGGAGUCGGCUUGCUGGACGAAGGCCCAACGGGGCACCCGGCCGGUGCCGGAGUAGCAGGCCGUGCUAAGGACCGACGGGAUCUUGUGCCGUCUCCACAGUACAUGGGGGCAGGCGUCCCCACUCGAGGCCAAUCGGAGGUCGUCGCUGCCUCCAGUCUGGGCAACGUGCUGCAGGCACUUCGCCUUGCUCCAAGUCAUCUGCUGAGCCAAUCAAUCAACCAGAGAGUGUCCAGUGGGGGCCUGCCUGGUAUCCCACCAGCACGUGACCUUGGAGCUUCGACCAGGUUCCUGACUAAGCUGGGCUGGGCUGAGAGGCUGCGCUGCAUGCGUAUCCGAUUGACGCCUACAGCCAAGCUCGAGCAAGCAAGCACCACCACCACCCAGCUUGAAAUCAACAACCUUGCCAUCAUCAACGACACCGCCUAUUGUCCGCGAACUCACAUCCUCUACGAACUUCGAGGCAUCUCGAGUAACGAAACCCCUUAUUCCACGCCUUCAACACCCAUCAAAUAUCCGACACAAUGGGUGACGUCUUGUAUUGAGAACUUUGAGGGCAUCGCGACGGAGGGAGGUGACGACUAUGCCACAUUGAAGAAGCUGCAGAGACAACUGGAGUAUAUCCAGUUGCAGGAGGAGUAUAUCAAGGAUGAGCAGAGGAGUUUGAAGCGCGAGCUUGUCCGGGCUCAAGAGGAGAUCAAGCGAAUCCAGAGUGUUCCUUUGGUGAUUGGGCAGUUUAUGGAGGCCAUCGACCAGAACACCGGAAUCGUACAGUCAUCCACGGGUUCGAAUUAUGUCGUCCGCAUCCUUUCCACCCUCGACCGCGAGAAGCUCAAGCCCUCUUCCUCCGUCGCCCUCCACCGCCACUCCAACGCCCUCGUCGACAUCCUCCCCCCCGAAGCCGACUCGUCCAUUGCCAUGCUUGGCGCCGACGAGAAGCCCGAUGUGACGUACGCCGAUGUUGGUGGUCUGGACAUGCAGAAGCAGGAGAUCCGCGAGGCUGUCGAGCUGCCAUUGACGCACUUCGACCUCUACAAGCAGAUUGGUAUCGAUCCCCCUCGCGGUGUCUUGCUCUACGGUCCUCCGGGAACGGGAAAGACGAUGCUGGUAAAGGCUGUGGCGAACUCCACGACGGCGAACUUCAUUCGUGUUGUUGGCUCCGAGUUUGUUCAGAAGUACCUCGGUGAGGGUCCUCGUAUGGUUCGCGAUGUCUUCCGCAUGGCCCGCGAGAACGCCCCCGCCAUCAUCUUCAUUGACGAGAUUGACGCCAUUGCGACGAAACGUUUCGAUGCGCAGACUGGUGCCGAUCGUGAAGUUCAGCGUAUUUUGCUCGAGCUUCUGAACCAGAUGGACGGUUUCGACCAGACCGCCAACGUCAAGGUCAUCAUGGCCACGAACAGAGCCGACACCCUCGACCCCGCCCUUCUCCGUCCCGGUCGGCUGGACCGAAAGAUCGAGUUCCCUAGCUUGAGAGACAGACGCGAGCGUCGUCUUAUUUUUUCCACCAUUGCCAGCAAGAUGAGCUUGGCCCCCGAGGUCGACAUGGACUCCCUGAUUGUUCGCAACGAUCCUCUCAGUGGUGCCGUCAUCGCUGCCAUCAUGCAGGAGGCCGGUCUUCGUGCCGUGCGGAAGAACCGCUACAACAUCAUCCAGAGCGAUUUGGAGGAUGCCUACUCAAGCCAGGUCAAGGGCACGAGCGACGAGAACAAGCAGAAGGCGCAGGCGGAAACGGCGCAUCGUGGGGGGAACGAACAGAGCUCGCUGCCAGGCUGGCAAUGUAAUGUCACGAAGGGCACGGCUGGGAAGGCAAGGGAUAGACUUUACAAGGCUUCGGGGAGCGAGACUUGGCGUCGCGUUGUACAAUACAAUACACUCGAUAAAGAAGUUGCGUUGCCGCCACUAUGUUUCAACCUGGUUUUCAAACCCAUUUCACUCGUGUGCUGGGAAAUGCGUGCUCGUGACUGUGACCUAAAGGAGUGCUUCCCUUUGUCUAUGAAUUUCCGCCAGUAUCACCAGAGGCCCCUGAGUAUGCGGUGCAGCUCUACGGAUCUCAUAAAUCAGGGUUUCUGCCUCCGACCCCUUGCGACGAUUGUUGGAAGCAGAAGAGCGGAAGUUCAAAUAGCACCUGAACGUUUCAUUAAACAAAAGCUGGAACGUAACCCAGAGUGUGAGCCGUCUGGCAUGACGAAGAAAUCAGAGGGCCGGUCGUUGGUUAUUGGUCGGCGGGCGAGCGGUGCGAAACGUCAAACACACACACACACACCGGGACUCCACUCGGUAUCAGCCGAGAACGUCAGGUUUCCUUCAAAUCGGAUGGCUGGCCGGCUGGAACAGAACCUACCUUAUCGAAAGGAGGAAGGGGAGGGAGAGGAGGGUCCACUCGAUAAAAGUAACUUGAUAGGAACAAAGCAUUACAUCACAUAUCACCUUUCCUUCUCGAUCUUGUUGCCGUAUCAGUCGGCCUACAUGUAA